AUGGCCCUCGACCGCCGUCUCGGUCGGGUCAUCGUCGUCGCCGCCGUCUUCAUGACUGUCAUGCUUUUGCUCCAACCUACCCGACCGUACCCAGGAACCGCCGAUUCCGAGAACCCGCUGGCUGCGAACAGUCGUCCCGAGAUCCGCUUCCGAGCAAGCAGCUUCGACUGGACCACCGUGGUCCAACGACACCCCGUUUCUUCGAUCCGACCUCUCCCUACCGGCGAGCCGCAACCGCUCCAGGCCGUGCAGCAUGCAUUCUCCGAUUACGUACACGAUGCGACCACGAAACGCCGACAACAGACCGUCCGCGCCGCCUUCGUCAAGAGCUGGGAUAGCUACAAGAGGCAGGCGUGGCUGCGGGACGAGCUGGCACCCGUGAGUGGCGGCGGGAAGACCACAUUCGGGGGUUGGGCGGCGACGCUAGUGGACUCGCUGGAUACGCUCUGGAUUAUGGGACUCACCGACGACUUCCACGCCGCUGCAGCCGCCAUCGCCCGGCUGGACUGGGCCGACACAAGCGACACUGCGGCGAACCUCUUUGAGACCACCAUCCGCCACCUUGCCGGCCUCCUCAGCGCUUAUGAUCUGAGCGGCGAGCCUGCGCUGCUGGAGAAGGCUAAAGAGCUGGGCAAUAUGCUGUACAUGGCCUUCGAUACCCCCAAUCGGAUGCCCGGCUUCUGGUUCAACUUCCAGGAUGCCAAGGAAGGGCGGCAGACCGCGGGCACCAACGACCCGUCCGCGAGUCCCUGCUCCCUCUCUCUCGAGUUCACCCGUCUGUCGCUCCUUACGGGCGACCCCAAGUUUUACGAUGCCGUCGCUCGCAUUAGCGACUUCCUCGAGCGAUCCCAGAGCGAGUCCAAGCUGCCCGGCAUCUGGCCGAAGCUGAUUAACUUCCGCGAACAGACCGUCGACACCGAGAUCGGCUUCACGCUCGGCGCUCUGGCGGACUCGCUGUACGAGUAUUUGCCCAAGAUGUCGGCCUUGCUGGGUGGCCGGGUGCCGGCCUACGAGAAGAUGUACCGCGCAGCGAUGAAGACAUCCAAGCAGCACAUGCUGUUCCGCCCCAUGGUGCCUAGCGACGACGAGGAGGGCCAAAACGUGCUCUUUGCGGGUGAUGCCUAUGUGCACCCGGACCACAUCGACCACAUCGCUGAGGGCCAGCACCUGUCGUGCUUUGCCGGUGGCAUGUUUGGCCUUGGCGGGAAGCUCUUUGACAUCCCCGAUUACGUCGACGUUGGCGAGCGGCUGGCGCGCGGCUGCGCAUGGGCAUACAACGCGUUCCCUACGGGGUUGAUGCCCGAGAUCUUCAACGUCGUACCAUGUGAUUCCAUCGACGGCCCCUGUCUGUGGGACGAGGAUCGGUGGCAGACUGAAGGGGGUAAGAGGAUGCCCAAGGGCUUCAAGAGUGCCCAUGACCCGCGGUACAUCCUCCGGCCGGAGGCCAUCGAGAGCAUCUUUUUACUGUAUAGGAUGACAGGAAAGGAAGACUUUCGGGACCUGGCCUGGCGCAUGUUUGAGUCGGUCAUGAGGGCAACCGAGACGCCGCUUGCCAACUCGGCCAUUGCUGACGUGACGGUUGAGGGGAAGACGACCAAGACGGAUUCCAUGGAGAGUUUCUGGCUGGCCGAAACGCUAAAAUACUACUACUUGAUCUUCUCACCACCCGACCUCAUCAGCUUAGACGAGUUCGUUCUCAACACCGAAGCGCACCCCUUCCGACGGGCGAAAACGGCGACAGGAGUAUAA